AUGUUAUCAUCUAUUUUUAAUCAACGAUUCUUGAGAUGUAUAAGAAGUACUACAACACAUUGUCGAUGCAAAGCAGACGAUGUUAGGAUAGCUGUUAAAAAUAAAAUAAAAAAUGGGCCAAGCCUUAAAGACUUCAUAAAUGAAUCUUCCGGGUCUACUGAAGUUAUAACACAUCCACCUUAUAUACCUUACUUACCCGACAAUAUUCAAGACGCAAACAAACGAAAAGUUUUUUUCGAUGUAUAUGGCUGUCAAAUGAAUUUAAGUGAUACUGAAAUUGUAUGGUCAAUAUUAAAAAAAGAGGGUUUUGAAAGAACCAAUGUAGAAGAUGAAGCAGAUAUAUUCCUGGUAAUGACGUGUGCUAUAAGAGAAGGAGCGGAAACUAAAAUAUGGCACCGUUUAGACCACUUAAGAGGUUUUAAACGCAGAAGAGCUAUAUCCAAAAAUAGGAGUAGGCCUGUGAAAAUUGGUAUAUUAGGUUGUAUGGCGGAGCGGUUGAAAGAGAAAUUAAUUGAAAAAGAAAAGGCUGUAGAUGUUGUGGCUGGUCCUGAUAGUUACAGGGAUCUUCCUAGGCUCCUCGCAGUCACUGAGAAUGGACAGACUGCUGUUAAUGUUUUGUUGUCUUUAGACGAAACAUACGCUGAUGUAGUACCUGUUAGAUUAAAUAAAGAUAGUGUAUCUGCCUUCAUAUCAAUAAUGCGCGGUUGUGAUAAUAUGUGCACUUAUUGCAUAGUACCUUUCACCCGAGGAAGGGAACGCUCACGUCCAAUCGACUCUAUAGUAGAAGAAGUUCGACAUCUUGCUGAUCAAGGUGUUAAAGAAAUAACUCUGCUGGGACAAAAUGUAAACAGCUACAGAGAUGUAAGUCAGAAGACUGAGAAGCUUACUACUCGUAUGGCUGAAGAUGUCGACCUUUCUCGAUUUCCCACCGCCAGCGCCCCCUCCACUGUAACUCUACCUGAAUUUGCCACGCACAGGCAAGCCGCCAGACUCUUAGAUCAUUGUUAA